GAUUUCGUUUUUUCCUAACUAAGCAGGAGUCAGAAUUAAACACCAUAAAACUGACAGAUGCUGAAUUUCUUUUGUUAGGCAGAAGGUUGGUGUUUCUGCCGCACAUCAGGUUGCAGUACGAUGGAAAGAUGCCUUGCUUUACAGUAGCAAGAAGCAGUACACUGAAUGGAUGCAUUCAUUUCCCAGGAUUUGGCCUGAAAACAGCUAACACAAACAGACAAACCCUGCUUUUUUUGUCCUGGACUUGAAGCGAAUGGCUCUGCAGGCAGGGAUUUAAAUCAGUUGCAGGUCAGGCUUAGGCUGUUGUAAUAAUCACAAUUAAUGCUUUCCCUGGCUCGCAAAUCAGCUGCAGAGUGGAUUUGAAGCUGCAUCCAAAGGGGUUUCCUUUACAAGGAAUAACUAUAUGUACACACUUCAUACAUGCCAGCUUGUACUUUGUGGUCAGCUAUUCUAUAGUUCUACGCGCUUGUAGAACGAAAUGCUUUUGGAUGAACUCGUGGGCUUGCUGCUAUGAGAUAGUAGCAUACACAAUGGCACAUAGCUGAUUGGAGAGUGGCUGGAUUCACAGAUUGAACACUGAGACUGGAUUAUUCAUGUGCAGACUGAUCCAUCACAAAGCACUUUAGAAACACAAACAGUCACCUAGACAUGCCGCUGCAGGCUGAUAAUAACCUGCCUUUAAUCAUUACUGUCUGUUAUCUAGGAAACGCUGUACAUUCAUGCAUUAUCCUCCAUUAACUGGGAAACUGUGGUCCACGCCCUUCUAAUAAACAAAAGAACACAACAAUUUGCAGAAUAAACCUUUGCAUUUUUACAAAGUGCAAGUGUCGGCUGGCAAAAUAAUAUGCAAAAUCCCCACCUUCAGAAAAGCGGCUGUAAAUGAGUAUUAUUUGAAAAGGUUAAAUUGAAUGAAGGAACUAUGAACGAAGGAGCUCAGCGUGCGACUACAAACCACCCUGGCGCUGAGGUUGUAGCAGAGAAAGGGUUCGGUUUUCAAAAUGUAAAUGCUGACACACCCACUGUCAGUCAAGGGGUUGAGCAGUUUAGCAAGAGUGCGGUGUUGAAACAGGAGUCUGUUGAAAAUGUGCAAGAAACGGAAACGCAAGAAAAACAGGCAAGCUGUCGACAGAGAUCCAGAGUGGCCAGCAAAAUGUUAGGUCAUGCAGUUGACUCGGCUGUGAAGAGACAGCAGGACUUGGACACAGAAAAAUGUCAUAGGAGAAACACUGGCGGAGAACAAAAUAUAAACCAAAAAGCAUGGGCGAUUUUUCAGGAGAAUUCCGAUUUUCAAACUUUGCAAAUUACAUCACACGAUAGUACGACAGGUGUAGGUGAACAUGUGCAACCUUCCAGAACUUCUCGCCUGGCGUCACUUGAUCCAGCUCAAGGCUGGGAUAAUUCGAUUAGUAGGAAUGGAAUGCGAGGGGAAACCAACGGCGGCUCACAGACUGAAGUGCCCUGUAGUCUGAGCCCUUCCUCAUGUUUUUCUGCCGUAAGCAAAGACGAAACUGAAAGGAGCGCUUCAUUAAGUAAAGAAACCCGAAUUGUUCAAAGUCAAUGUCAAAUUAAUAAUGCCAAGGCUAAACUGGAGGAGGAGGGGACCUCAGCGCCUGUUACAUAUUGUGUCCAAAUAGGAACAGAGCCCAGAAAUGAGUUGGGUCAUUUGGUCAGUCCGGGGUACAGAAGUGAUCGGAACGAAUUCGAAACAAUACAAGGAAAUACAAACCUGGAAACAACUCAAGGACGUUGGGAAAGUGGAACUGGAGUCAGAAAUCUCUGUAGUUUCAAACAGCCGGAUUUAGUGAUUGAAGUGGCUGGAAAGAAAAUCCGGGCGCAUAAAUCCAUUCUAGCAGAGAAAAGUGACUAUUUCAAAGCACGUCUGUCGAGAGACAUUCUGAAAGUGAAAGGGGUAAGUUAUACAACGUUAACGGUUCUGAUAGAUUAUAUAUAUUCAUCCAGAAUGGAUGUUAACAAAGAGAAUGUAGUAGAGGUCAUUACCGGAGCUAAAAUUCUGCAAAUCCCCAGCGCAGUAGAGUCUGCAAUGGACACGAUGACUGGCCAGAUAACGAUGGAGAACUGCUAUGAAAUUUUAACCAUAGCCAAAAAGCAAAGAUUAAAUGAGUUGAAAGAUACAGCGUACAAAUUUAUGAGUGAUAACUUUUUGCAGAUUUUAAGGGAUUCUGCUGUAUAUGGACGUUUAACAGGAUCUGAGAGGGAUUUGAUUCUGAAAGCAAGAAUGGAAGGGAAGAAAUGCCUAAUGGUGGCUGAAAUAAACGAUGUUUACGACCGUGUCGGCAGCAGACCUCAAAGCAGGAGUAACAGCCGCCCACAGAGUCCAUUGUCUGUAGCUUCUUUUGAGGAAAAUCAUUUGAUUUAUUACUAUAAUAGUGCACUUAAAGACUGGAGACAAUUGACUGAGAUGCCGGAGGAGGUAAACACGAAGGGGUGUGGAAUUUGCACCAUGUACAACUAUCUUUUUAUAGCAGGUGGAAUAAAGGGACACGGCGACAAAGGGAAGCUUUCGGAUAAAGUGUUUUGCUACAACCCUAUUACUGAUAACUGGAGCGAAAUUAGACCACUAAAUCAACCUAGAUCUCAACUGAAACUGGUCUCGGCGGAUGGUUAUCUGUAUGCAAUAGGGGGUGAAUGCCUGUUCACAGUGGAGAGGUACGAUCCUAGGAUGGACAGAUGGACCCCUGUCGCUCCCCUGCCCAAAGGAGCAUUUGCAGUGGCGCAUGAAGCAACUACUUGCAACGGAGAGAUCUACGUCUCGGGAGGUUCCCUCUUUUAUCGCCUUCUCAAAUACGACCCGAAAAGAGACGAGUGGCAGGAAUGCCCGUACAACAACAGCAGAAAAAAAUCGACAGACAUGGUUGCUUUUAAAAAUUUCAUCUAUAGGUUUGACGUUAAUCGUGACCAGGGUGUCAAUGUAUUCAAGUACAACACCAUUGUGAAAUUGUGGAACGACAGCGCCUCUUUGCGACAGAGCAACCCACUGCCUUUCAGAUGCGCAGUCAUAGGCAACUGCAUUUACUGUGUAAACAAAUCCCACACUCUGCAGUUUAUUGUGCAGGAAGACACCUCACAGUUUCUACCAGAGGAGCUUAAAGCUCCUUUUGAGGCUAAGGGAGUUCUCUUUCCCUUUAUGCUCAGCCUUCCUGAGAAGUCCGAUAAAACCAUAUAAUGGUGCUGCGGUGUGAUACUAAGACAGUUUUAUACAGAAAUGUGAGCCAAUGUGUUGCAUUAUGUACUUUAACUUUGUGUAUUUUGGGUGUGGUGUAAUGUUUGUAUCAUCAGUUUAAAUGUUGAAUGCUUCUCAUGCAUGCCGACUGAAGAAUCGUCUUUGACAUGCAGGCGAUAGAUUUCUGGAAUACAUUUAAUAACAGUUCCAUGGUUUAACCGAAUGCACUGUGAACCAUUAAUUGACAUUACUAUUUACAGAAUAUGUACACUUUUUUGUUAUGUAAUCGUAUUUUACUUAAUUGUUUUUUGUUGUUCGUUUUUUACUUGGAUGGUAUUAGUUUUAAAACAGCACGGAUCCUGCUUUGCAGUUAUAAGUUUUGCUUUUUUAACAUUGACUUUCAGAUAUAACCAAUAUUCACUGCCGAUACUGAAGACACGAUAUAUUGUGAUAGUACUCCGAAUAUAGAAAGAUAACCAAACAGUUUUCUUUAAAAUAUUUCGAAACACAGCUAAGAUAUGACAGUUACAAAACGUUGUUAUACUUUCACAGCAUAGGGGGUAAAAUCCUGACACCUUCCAGUGCAGAGUUUGAAAAUCUUUCAUGUUUUAAGACGCAUCUUAAUUGUUUCCAUUUUCAGAAAUGGAUUAUGCAGCUAUAACUUGUGAGCAAAAGGUUAUUAAAUGUGAUGCUAGUAAAAGCUGAAGCUGUAAGUCACUUGGCCACAUCAUUAUGCUGCUGCUGAAAGAAGAAAAACUUUAUCACAGAGUAAAAAAACCUGUCAGGCAGUCACCAGGCAACAGGCAGUAGGAUGCUGGCAGUGUUUCUCAAAGCAAAUGGCGGUUAUAUUAAAACAGUUAGUACAGACCUGCCAGUUUUCUUUGCAUUGCAUGUUUUCAGCAAAGGACCACAGUGAAUUGGCCAAAAGACUUUAUAGUCACCUUGUAUUUGGGAUAAUAGGCAACGUGACAAAAAUAGAUUUUGUAAUCCUAAAAGCAGGGUUGAAGACUGCAUUGCAGGCAUUUACAGCAAUAUUGCUAAAACGUCAUUCAAAAAAGCGUUUCCCAGUGGUAUAAGCUCUUGUUUUUUUUUUUUUUUUUUUGUUUUUUUUCUAAAAACAAAUAAGAAGGCUAAGAAGCUUCAAAUAAAUAACCCAGGGGUUUCAAUAAAGUGCUUUUUUUGUUAUUUCUGGCUAGUUCUGUGACAUUAGCAUUAACAUUUGUCUUUGUUCUUUUACAAAAACAUGGUAGCAUGGUGGUAAAUGUUUUGUGAAUGUGACCAUUUCAUUUAUGUUAAUAUUUUGUCUGUUGCCAUUUUCCUGUCUAUUUAGAGAAGUGGUAUUUCUUGCAAAAUGGUGAUGUGUUUUUGUGACUAAUGGAGCACUUUUGCAGUUUCAAACAGGUAUUUCAAUAAAUAGCUUGUAUGUGCUUACCACUUCAAAAGCUAGGGCAGCACAAAUAGAAUGAAAUAAGC